AUGAGCACGCAGGCCAAGUGGGCUUCGUCACGGGUGCUUUUAUUUGUGACUGCCAUUUUCUCGGUUUACAAGUGUUCCUUUCCUGUCUGUUUCUGGACUGUUUUCACGUGCUACCCUUUUCCUGUGUGCCUUUGUACAUCAGCGAACGCGGCCCACGUGCCCUUCCCGGGUGGGGCCGCCCGUGCGCGGGGCGGCGCUGGCGCUGCGCGGGCCGUGAGGGCCGGGCCGGGCCGGACCGUGAGGGCCAUGCGGGCGGGGGCCGCGGCGGCGGCCGCAGGGAGCCUGGGGGCGGCGGCGGCUGCCGCGGCGAAGCUGGCGCUGGGCGCGGGCGGGGAGGCGGCCGGCGGCCCGCUGCCAGUGUUGUUUCGCCUCAGCUGUGUUGGCCUGGUGUUUGUGUUGAAUGCAGUGAUGUGGACAGUCUUCACAAAAGCCUUACGACUCUCCUCCUCCUCGGCUGCUGCCUCUGUGACAACAACAGCCUCCAACUUCAUCUCUUCAGCUAUCCUGGGAAAAUUGCUCUUCGGGGAGACGUGGACGCCUCUGUGGUGGGUCGGCCUCGCCCUGACGGUCUGCGGGCUCCUGCUGCUGCACACGGCUGCACCGCAGCUGGUGCAGGUCCCAGCAGAGAAGAAGGAAUGAUAGCUGCUGGAGGGUCACGGUGCCAUGCCACCCCUCUCAGCCUGUCUCAUGACAACAUCCCCAGCCCCACCAGCCUCUGAACACAUCGGCCACCGAGCUGCUCACUGCUCACCUGCUGACUUGCAAAAUCGCGUUGGUCACAUCUUUCCUGGUGGUAGUGUGUUGGCAGUGACAGCCUCAGAGGGAGCUGGUCCACUCUGAGUCAGUAUUGUGAAAAUCAGGGCUAGAAGCUUAUCAACCACUCUUCCUCUUCACACCCUGUGGCUGUGGAGCUUUCUCAGUUUGGGGAAUGCUGAAAGUAGAGAUGGUGAUUGUGGAAAGUGCUCGUGCAUAAGUAUUUUUCCAUGAAAGGACUUUUCCCAAAAUAGAAAUCCAAUCAGAAUUAGAUGCUGAAGGCAGCUGUUACUUCUGCUCUGGUGUUCUUGACUUUCUGUCUUGAAAUGGUUCUAUACCCACUGCUACCUGUAAGGCUGUGGAGGCUUUCAUUAAUUCAGCUGCUUCUAUCAGUCAAAUACACCUUUUAACUUGCCAUUUGUAUCUCACAUCUAGAAUUUUUACUCACCCAUUCCUGACAUGUAAGGUUGCUGUUCUUUCCUUUAAACCUUUCCCAGAAGAGGAUUUUGAUCACCAUUCUUGUUUUGUGUAGGUCAGACUAAUUUUGGGACAAUUCAAUAGGCAGCCUGCUUUCACUUGGAGUGUCCAUGUUCAACACAUUCCCCAUACCCACUCAAGUUGACAAUUGCUUUGGUGUUUGGUAAAAGGGAGUAUCUCAAGCCAUGUUCUGUCUACACUCUGGAUGAUGCUUAUUCUCAUUCAUGUGAUGUGAUGUGAUCAACCAGAUCACUGGUAUCCAGGUAUCUGCUAAAUUUUGCAUCAGUGAUUAUUUUGUGUUCAGGUGUCAGUUUGGUGAAUGUAUCAUGAAUCAUCAUUUGUAAGGUAUCAGCUUCAUUCCCCUGCCCACUCCUUUUUUUCUCCCCCUGGAAAUUCUUCCGUUGGAAUUCUAAUUAAGAAAUAAAAUAAUGCUUAUAAAUGUA